UUUUGCUCAAAUUCUUCCUGCCAUUGGACAAUUGAAUCCGUUUUUCAAAGUCACCGGGUGAAGAAAAAAAAAAGUUUAUCACUGCAGUGGCCGCGCUUUAAUAAACCUGUCAUAAGCAUAUUGAACCAAACAUAAUACUCAUUUCAAAUGAGCGAUUGGGAAGAAGAAAUCGAAGUUGAAAUUGCAGUGCCCCUCAAAAAGAAUAAAUGGGAAGAUGAAGAUGUUGAAGAAGAUUUAAAGGACGAUUGGGAGCUGUCUGACGAUGAAGAAGAAAAGAAAAAGAAAGAAGAGGAGGCUAAAAAGAGAGCUGCAGCUCCUAUUAGAAAGAAAGUGGGGUUGAAGCAAAAGAUUGCUGAAAAACAAGCAGCCGAAGAACAGAAAAAGAAAGAAUUAGAAGCUAAGAAGGCAGCAGCACAAGAGGAAGCAGAGGAGGGAGACUAUGAACGCCAACAACGCAUGCGUCAAUUAGAAUUAGAAGCCGAUAUGGCGAAUGCUACUGAUCUUUUCUCUGGAGUUUCUUUGUCUGACAUCACGGACAAGCCUCUUGAGGAAGUUAGACCCAAAAAUCGUGUUGAAUUUGAUGCUUAUCGUAAGCGUUUAGUUGAAUUGAUCACACCCUACUCUAAAUCUAUCAAUUUUGGUUGGUUCAUCGAUGAUUUACUGCGUGAUAUAGCAUUCCCAUUGAACCAUCAAGAAGUGAAGAAGGUAUCUUCCUCACUGACCGUGAUUGCUAAUGAAAAGCAAAGAGCUGCUAAGGAAGCCCAGAAGAAAACAAAGGGUAAAUCCAGGCCCCAAUUGGCUGCUGCUGGUAAAGUUGCCUCAAAAGACGCUUAUGAAGACACUUAUGACGAUUAUGAUGAUUUCAUGUAAAAAAAGUAUAAAAAAGCGCCCGAUAUUUUUAUUACACAAUUCACCAUAAUCACUACUCUUGGAAGUAGCUGAUCAAUCGUAUUACUAUCAGCAGAAUAUCAAUAAAAGUUCAUGCAUAGCCAUCCUUUUUCUUGUA